CCAUGAGAGAGGGUGUGGUGAUCAGAACGACUGUGGCACAGGAGCAAGAGGCACGACGGGAAUGAAAGGGAAAAGAAUUCCUGAUUAAAGAGUGAUUAGUGAACCUAUUGUCAGACCGAGGCGAGCGAGGAGUGAAUCAUGAACAUCAGUGAUAGCUGCGCUGGAAUUAUACAGGGGCACGGAGUUCUGUAGAAACUGGAUAUCCCAGAUUCCACUGAAUUGAACACUGCCUCUGUGUUGUUGCAUCUGAAAGAAAGUGGAUGCACAAUUAGUGGAGACUGGUGCAUGACACAAGUAAAUGAAUUAAGAAGAUGGAGAGGCCACCACCUGAGGUUCCUGAUGACCCUUCCACACAGAGAAAUGCAUCUGAUGGAGGAAAGUGGGUGCGUCUGAAUGUGGGAGGUACAGUGUUCCUUACAACAAAACAAACCCUGUGCCAGGAGCCCAACUCUUUCCUUUGCCGGCUCUGCCAGGAGUCCCAGUUGUUGUCUGAGACGGAUGAGACUGGGGCAUUUCUUAUUGACCGGGACCCAUCGUACUUUGGUGCAAUCUUACGGUACUUGCGGUAUGGUAAACUGGUAAUAGACAAGAAUGUAUCCAUCGAAGGAGUGUUAGAAGAGGCUGAGUUCUACAACAUUGCUUCAUUGGUCAAAGUCAUUCAUGAGCAAAUGGAGGAGCUCGAAGUCAAUAAGUCCCAACAGAAGCACGUCUACCGAGUGUUACAAUGUCAAGAGGCAGAGUUGGCUCAGAUGGUUUCCACCAUGUCCGACAGCUGGAAAUUUGAGCAGCUGGUGAGUGUGGGCUCCCCGUACAGUUACAGUAGUGAAGGACAGCCAGAAUUCCUUUGUGUGGUAUCCAGAGAGCUCCAGAGCAAGCUGAAAAUAUGUGGAAGCGAGGCUUGCAGCACAGCACAGAGUUUUAAUAUUGAACAGGAUGAAGAGGAUGUGUUGAACCCAGACUAUAUCGUCUUGCAGGAGAGGGAGAGAGAAAGCAGACCUUAAUGCCAACAUUAUCCUCAAUGGUCAUUGCUCCACAGUCUUCUAUUGUCAAUGAAUACCUCAAAUAAAGCAGAUUUUUUCCA